CUCAUUUUAUUUCUCAGCGCCUCGUUUCUAUGUCCUUUUUCCGGGACUUGUCUCGUUAAUGUCCAGCAUGGAAUGUUUGCUUCAAGCUUUUUUCUGCUGUAUCCUAUGGUUUCGCUUCAGCCUGUAGUAUACACAUCCAUUCGGCGUACUCAAUGAACAAGCUGUCGGCUUUUGGAGCACAAUAACCGGACCGAGUUCGUCCGAGUUGUUAUAAGCGCAAGGAUAACUAUCAGCGUUCGGGGUUGCGUUUUUGACAGUAGUCUUCUUGGAACAUCGGUGAGUGUAAGUCAUUUCUGUGUGAGACGGGGACGGAUACGACGCCGCGUUUGGAUCCUUUCUCAUACAGUUUCGAAAGAAUAUCAGGUCGAUACGUUGGUGAAAGGAAAAAUGAAUUUAAAUUGAAUUGAUUCCGGUCUGAAGCGGGACCGUUAGUUAUUCCCAAUGAUUUUCACAUUUGUAUUCAAGGAUUACGGGUUGAUCCAAUGAAACCUCGUUUCGGGAGUGCUUUCGCGGAAGUAGACGCUCGAGAUUAGUAGCUUCUCCAGUAGCGUCUUUUUGGCUGGUCCCCGUGUAGAGUUUCUGAUAGUGCUGGAAUUGAUGUGAAUAGUGGAUGCAGAGCGAGGGUGUAAUUUGUUUUCUCGUGUGGUGUCAUCAUUUAGUUGUGAAGAAAAAGGAGUUUCGAGACCCGGCAAUUAUUCACGUUUGGUACGUUUCUCGGCCGAAAGGAUGAAUGAAAGUGGUGUUUUGGUGAACAAGUGUUUUACGUGCACUCAGUAAUCGUUUGGAUUAUUUAUAGGAAGUGGAUAUUGUUAGAUGUGAUAAAUCUUAUAGACAUCUCUUAAGGAAGGAUUACAGUGAUAUUUCAAAGGAGAAGCUUUUUUGCGGAAUUGGAAGCUUCGUGUCAGAAACUGGAUUAAAGAAAGGUUUAGCAUAUGCUUCAAGUCCAACCAAAGUUGAACUGCCUGUGGGGCAAAGUAUAUUUUGAUGACAUUGUUCGAAGUUAAGAUAUGCUCUCAUCAAAAUCAAGUACUCGAAUGGACGUAAUUGGACACAGUUUUAACAGAAAUGAAGAACUUAUUUCUCAUGAUCGUGCUGUUUAUUAUAAAGAGUGGUCUUGCGUCAGCUCCUAAAUCUCAACAGCAACAACUUUACAAGGCAACGUCAAAUGAAAAUUUCAAUUCCGAAUUUGACGGUGAUGACUACGUCGGUGCGCAGAGUAGUAAACCUCUAAAUCGGGGACCAUAUUUCGAUUUGGCCGCGUCCAGGAACGUUACAGCUUUGGUCGGGAAGACAGCGUAUCUCAACUGCCGGAUACGAAAUUUAGGAAAUAAGACGGUUACAUGGAUACGACACAGAGACCUCCAUUUGCUUACAGUAGGAGAGACAACAUAUACGUCUGAUCAAAGAUUUCAGAGCGUGCACAACAAACAGACUGACGACUGGUCAUUGCAGGUCCGGUAUCCACAGCAAAGGGACUCGGGAAUUUAUGAAUGUCAGGUUUCGACCACCCCACCCGUAGGUUAUUCAAUGGUGCUUUCAGUUGUCGAACCAGUAACGACUAUCGUAGGGUGGCCAGAUUUGUACAUAGACACAGGGUCCACAGUAAAUCUAACAUGCAUCGUUCGACACCUGCCCGAACCACCAGCCGUCAUCCACUGGACACAUAACAACGAGGAAAUUAAUUACGACUCACCUCGUGGAGGGGUGUCCGUAAUUACGGAGAAGGGUGACAUAACAACAUCCUACUUGCUAAUACAACGGGCUAGAAUUUCGGACUCCGGAAAAUACACCUGUUCGCCAUCGAAUGCUAAUCCUCAGACGGUUAAUGUUCACGUACUAAACGGUGAGCAGCCAGCAGCGAUUCAGAAGGGCACCCUUACAGCAACCUACUAUCCUUCCUUUAUAAUGAUUACUUUCAUAUUAGGCGUGAUGUUUCACAGACUCUCUCUAGUCCUAAACGUAAACAAGUUGUAAAUAGAUCUUAACUAUAAAGCAAAUACUAUGUAAUUAAAUUAAAAAAGAAAGAAACCAAAAAAUAAACAAAAUAUCUGUUAAAAUAAUGUAAUUAAAUCAUUUACGAUUAUGUUAAAAUUAGAAAAUAUACCGAACUCCAGUAUAAUCUGGAUUCGCAGCAGGUAGUAUCGAAUCCCACGAGGAGAAGUUUGUAAUAUUUUUGUGUUAAUCUGUAACUUUGAAACAACGUAAAACUAAAAGGAGAAUACAUUUAAUGAACGCACCAAACAAAUUCAGAUGAAAAGUUUUUUAAAAAUAAAUAUUUAGUUAUCUCUACGA